AUCUCAUUUCCCGCAAGAAAUAGACAAAACAUUUCUAACAUAAACAAUUCUAGGGUUUUAAAGCUCACGGUCAACGAACACACGUCCCCGGCGUGCAUUGCAUAACACAAAUAUUACGUACAAUAUUGUAACUUGGAGACAAGUAAACAAAGUAGAGCGGCGACUGAUAAACACGAUAACGCUAUCAAAGUAUUGCGAACCACGGUCACACAAAGACGUGUGAACAGCUAUUAAUAAAACACUCGAUAAAUAUAAUCAUAAAAUAAGUAGCGAAAGUAAUUAAACGUAAUUUAAAGAAGUAUAAGACGAAAUGGAUAUAGAUUUGAGUGGAAAGGUGGCGAUAGUGACUGGUGCUAGCUCAGGUAUCGGAGCAGAGACAGCGGUAGCAUUUGCAAAAUAUGGAGCUAAAGUAUCACUCGUUGGUCGUGAUGAAGUCAGACUUCUGCAGACAGUGAACAAAUGUGUGGAAGUGAGCAACGUAGUGCCGCUAUGGGUUCGACUGGACUUGACACAACCAGGCGCCUGCGAGGCAGUCGUAAACAAAACUGUGGAGACAUACGGCAAGCUGGACAUUCUAGUGAACAGUGCUGGCAAAGUGAUAUUCUCAUUUUUAUCAGACGAUACAAUGGAGAGGCUAGACGACUUGAUGAACGUGAACUUCAGAAUACCGUAUCACUUAUCACAGUUAGCACUACCGCAUUUGGAGAAGACGAAAGGGAAUAUAAUAAAUAUAGGAACCUCAAUGUCGAGGCGGACAAAGCCAGGUAUGUUGGGGUACACUGUUUCAAAGGCUGCGCUGAUGAUGUUUACCAGACAGGCGUCAUUUGAACUAGCACCAAAAGGAGUGAGGAUUAACUGCAUAAGUCCAGGGCCUUCGAAGACGAAUAUAUUGGCGAAUAUAAUCGUGAACAAUCCAGAAAUGAGGGAUAUGAUUAAUAAGGACUUGAUCAAGUCUACGUCUGAUAGUAACAUGUUGGAUCCUAAAGAAGUUGCUUUGUUGGUUUGUUUGACGGCUAGUGAUGCGUUCCCUAGUUUAAAUGGUGCUGAUAUGUUGUUAGACGGUGCUGUUUGUAUGGCUUAGUGGUUAAAGUGUAUAAACUGUGAGUAUUUGGACAAAAAUUUGAUCUUAAUUAUAUUAAGUUGUUUUGAAUGUGUGCCUAUUUCUUUUCGUUGAUAAAUUGUUGAUAAGUAA